CAUCCCACAACCACUUCCAUCUCGACACAAACCACCACCUCGCCCUCACCUCACACCACAGCUCACCCACCCCCUCCUCACACUCACAUCUAACGCAAUCACACCAUCGUCUCCCGAACGCCACGGCGCGUCGAGACCACAUCUGAGAUUUCGGGACACGGCUUCGGCUCGGAAAGUUCCAGCGCCUCCCGAUUCGCUCGCCUCGGCACCACUGUAUUACAAACGCACAACGCGACGCUUGCAGCGCGGCGUGCUCUCCGUUCCCGGCCACCCACCGCGCCGUGCCUAUCGAUCGAUAAGCAAGCAGCUGCUUGAAUCCAUCACGAGCUAGAUAUCGUAUUCCGAAUCCAUCCUUCGCCAUGUCCAACCCCCUCGACCCGGUGGCGGUCCUCGCCCUCCUCCAACUCCUGCUGCCGCCUGGCACGACCUCGCCCCUCCCGAGGCCGACUGAUGCCGUUGCGGCGCUGGUGCACGCGAUCCAUGCGGUGCUGGGCUUCCGGCUCGCUGGGGCUGAGAAUGGUGCCCAGGCAGAGGACGACGAGCCUGGUCCGAGCGGGUCGACCAACGACGAGAUUGACGACGCGGCGUCGGAAACCACCACCGCCGUCGACCCGGACGAGGCGCUCCCCGAUGCCGCGCCGCCCGGAACUGCCCUCCCGCGCGGGUGGAACGACCGCGGCGAAGACGCAUACAGCUUCGAGUAUCGCCACCCCCAGAGCGCGAUGACGUUCCGCGUGCGCGUGGGCCGCAUGGGCGGCCGCGUCCAGAUCGAUGCCAUGGCAGAGGAUGGCGCGCCGCACACCCUCUCGCUUGUGCUCGCUGAUAUUGUCAACGCGUCAGCGUUCCCCAUCCCGUCGGCUGCGACGGCCAGCCGCGCGGCCACUGCCCGCGAUGCGUCAUCACUCGGCUUCACGUCACUCGACGCCGUGCGCCGCUUCAUCGAGCAGUACAACCGCGAUAUUAUUGGGCGGCUGAUUCCAGGCCUUGCGAAGGAAGGCUACCGUGCUCCUCCUGUUGCCCCAGCACCACCAGCUCAGCAGCCGGGCGCACCCAGGCGGCCUGGUGCUGAGCCGCAGCCGGCGAGGCCUAACCCGCUCAUCGACCCGUUGGCUGAUGUGCCGCGCUUUGGUGGUAUUCCCGGCCCGUCCAUCGGCCAUCGCGACCUCGACCCCCUCGGGCCACUGCGCGGGCCGGGCGGACUGGGCUCAGAGGCAGGGGGCGGGAUGCUGGUCGACUUCAACCACCCGCUCUUUGAUGGCCGCCGCGCGCGCGACCCGGACCGUGACGGCCCAGGCGGCUCCAUCAACCCGCCCGGAUCGCGCUGGGACCCCGUCGGCCCCGGCGCGGGCGGACCUCGCUUCCUGGGGCCAGGGGGUAACCCCCUCGGAGGGGUAGGCAGCACGGACCCAGACUGGGGCGACGAGCUGCCCCCGCCCGGCGAGUUUGGCCCCGACCUCGGUCACCUUGGGGGACCGAGGUUCCCCGGUGGCCCUCGCGGAGGGCGUGGUGGGUUUGGAGGAGGGUUUGGAGGCCCAGGCGGGUUUGGGGGCCGCGGUGGGUUCGGUGGGGGAGGAGGCUUUGGAGGUGGAUUCGGGGGCGGUUCUGGUGGGUUCGGCGGGGGAGGAGGUGGCAUGUUCAUGUAA